AUGUCUCAUUCAUGCAUUCGUUCAUUUCCAGCUCGGAAGAGGAAGUUUGGUUUAGGCCUCCCCCAUAACUCGCUUAAGAGUAACACUAACUUGGUCCCCAACUUGUACAUCGAGAGACACAGGCACCCAACUAAAUUUGGAUCAUUUACCACUGCCUUUUUAAAUCGGAUUCGGAUACCAUCCUUGGGUUGGGUUCAGUACAGGUCAAUCUCAAUCUUGCAUCCUUGUAUCCUUCAGGCUACAGGGGAACUUUGCACGCUACCCACUAAUGAACUGUCUGAUUCUGAUUCUUGCAAUGAUGCAAUCGGUAAUUUGGAGGAAUCCCAUGUUGAUUCUGAUGGGGAUGUUACGACCAAGACAAUUAGGAGGGUCUACCAAACACCAGUGGAUUUCACCAAAGUGAACAAGAAUCUGCUUCCAACUGUAGUUCUUAUUGGGCGUCCAAAUGUGGGCAAGUCAGCUUUGUUUAAUCGUUUAAUCCGGAGACGGGAGGCUCUUGUCUACAAUACACCAGAUGAUCAUGUUACUCGUGACAUAAGAGAAGGCAUUGCAAAAUUGGGUGAUCUACGGUUUAAAGUAUUGGACUCGGCUGGCUUAGAAACAGCAGCAUCUUCAGGGUCUAUUCUUGACAGAACAUCAGGAAUGACUGCAAGUGUUCUUGCAAGAUGUCAGUUUGCUGUUUUCCUAAUAGAUGUGAGAGCUGGACUGCACCCCCUUGAUCUGGAGGUUGGAAGGUGGUUGCGCAAACAUGCACCUGGAAUCAAUCUUGUAGUUGCCAUGAAUAAAUCCGAAUCACUUCUUGAUGGUAGUGGCUCUCUUAUGGCAGCUGCUGCUGAAACUUAUAGGUUAGGAUUUGGUGACCCUAUUGCCAUAUCAGCUGAAACUGGACUAGGUAUGCAAGAUCUCUAUGGGAGUCUAAAGCCUAAGCUUGAGGACUAUAUGCUUCAAGUAUUAAACAAUGAAGAAGGUACUGAGGAGAGUAAUUUCAGUGAGGAUGGCAGCUCCUGUGAGGUUGAGGAGAGUAAGUUGCAAUUACAGUUAGCAAUUGUAGGAAGACCCAAUGUUGGGAAGUCAACGUUGCUGAAUACAUUGCUACAAGAAGAACGGGUGCUGGUGGGUCCAGAAGCUGGUUUGACGAGAGAUUCAAUUAGAGCUCAGUUUGAAUGUCAAGGGAGAACAAUAUACCUGGUCGACACUGCAGGUUGGUUGCAGAGAACAAAAAUGGAGAAAGGACCAGCAUCCUUGAGCAUUGUGCAGACAAGAAAGAGUCUAAUGAGAGCUCAUGUAAUCGCUCUGGUCCUUGAUGCAGAAGAGAUUGCAAAUUCUAGAAGAAGUUUGAAGCAUGAUGAAGUAGUUAUAGCAAGACAGGCAGUUGAAGAAGGCCGUGGCUUGGUUGUAGUUGUGAACAAGAUGGAUCUGUUAAGAGGGAAGCAAUUAUAUGACAAGGUUAUGGAAGCUGUGCCCCAAGAAAUUCAGACCAUUAUGCCCCAGGUGACUGGGAUACCAAUUGUAUUCAUAUCAGCCUUGGAGGGAAGGGGUCAUGCAGCUGUCAUGCACCAGGUUAUUGAUACAUAUGAAAAAUGGUGUUCAAGAUUGUCGACAGCUCGUCUUAAUCGUUGGUUGCGUAAGGUUAUGAGCAGGCAUUCUUGGAAAGAUCAGGCUGCUCAACCCAAGGUUAAGUAUUUUACACAGGUGAAGGCCCGACCACCCACUUUUGUUGCCUUUGUGAGUGGGAAGAAAGAGCUCUCAGAAACAGACAUCAGGUUCCUAAAAAGGUCUUUGAAAGAAGACUUUGAUUUGGGUGGAAUACCGAUCAGGAUCAUGCCGAGGUCCAUCGAAAGGAAAGCUGUGAACGGCACUAGCAAGAGCGGCCAAAUUACUAAUAGACCGUCUGAAAGGAUGUUCUCUGACAAGAGAAAAGUGUGUCCGGUUGAAUAG